AUGGAUCAAAGCUGUGAAGGAGUGAUGAAAAAGGUUGGCGGUGUGAAUCUUGAUAAACUUAUUAAUGACUUCUCACAGAUAGAAAAGAAAAUUAUAGAAACCAGUGGAAAGAACAACAUAUUGGAUAUUCAGUUGGAAAAGACCAAGUCUUUAUUAAAAGUGAUACAAACAAAGGAGGUCUCAAUUAAAGAAGAAUGUGCUAUGCUUCAUAAUAUGAUAAAAGGAUUGCAAAAGACCAUUGAAUAUCAACAUAAUUUGAAAGAUGAAAAUGAACAACUGAAAAGAAAUGCUGAUCUUAUGAAAGAAAAGCUGAAAUCUCAUGAACAGGAAUAUAAGAAUAAUAUUGCCAAACUUGUGAAUGAAAUGAAAAUCAAAGAGGAGGGACAUAAAAUUGAAAUAAAAAAACUUUAUCAGGACUUACAAAAACAAGUUGAAUUAGAUGAAGAAAAGCACAAAGAACUGAUAGAGGAAAAGAAGAUGGAAAUAUCUGAGUUAAAUGCAAAGUUAAGGACUCAAGAAAACGAAAAACAAAAUGAAAUAAUCAAAUUACAAAUAGAGUUUGAUGCCAAACUAGCAAGAGUUCAGACGAAAUCAACAAAAUCAUAUCUAGAUUCUACUGUUUUGCCCCAAAGUAUCUACAGAAGGAAGCUUCAACAUCUUCAAGAAGAAAAAAACAAGGAAAUUGCAGCUCUUCGAAAUACCAUUCACGAUUUAGAGCAACGUCUUUCUCUUGCCAAAGAUUCUCCCUUUAAGCCUAUUACAAAAGAUAGUUACGUUAAGCGUAGACGGUUUUGA